ACAGUCAUAUAGGGCGCAGGACGUCAAUUGAUUGGGUCAGACGCUGUGAAUAGUUUUAAAGCGUAGAGUGCAAUCGAAUUACCGGCUUCCCCCUAGCGAAUAUGUCGCUCACACGCCCCAACCCGCGCUUUCUCGCUCGUACGAACCGCAUCUUUGCCUCGCAAAUCCGAUCAUACGCUGCGCCUGGUGAAGCAACUAUUCCCCCAGCCAAAAAGAAGUACGUGCCUACUUCUGGCACCUAUCCGAUCGGCUUCAAGGCUGGAAGUGCACACGUUGGUGUCAAAGCCUCGAACACACGCUUUGAUGAUCUUGCUUUGAUUGCGUCGGACACACCAUGUUCAGGCGCAGCUGUGUUCACCACAAACAAGUUUCAGGCAGCACCUGUUACUGUCAGCAGGGACAUGCUGAAGAAGAGGAAGGGCGAUGGUAUCAGAGCUGUCAUUGUCAAUUCGGGAUGCGCCAACGCGGUGACAGGACGUGGCGGGAUUGAGGACGCCAUCUCGAUGGGAAAAGAGACAGACAAGUGUUUCAUAGAGGACAGCAACGGCGAGGAUGAUCUGAAAGGAAGCCGAAGCAUUGUGAUGAGCACCGGUGUCAUCGGCCAGCGGUUACCGAUUGAGAAGAUCACCUCCAAGAUACCGACGGCAUACUACAACCUUGGAAACACACAUGAGCAUUGGCUAGGAACCGCACGAGCCAUCUGCACAACAGACACCUUCCCUAAGCUGAUUUCGAAGACAUUUACUCUCCCGAGUACUCAGGUGGAAUACCACCUCGCCGGCAUGACGAAGGGAGCAGGCAUGAUACAUCCCAACAUGGCGACGCUCCUAGGUAUAAUCUGCACGGAUGCGCCCAUUGCUGCUUACCCACUGCGACAAGCCCUUAUAUCCGCGACCUCAAAGUCUUUCAACAGCAUCUCUAUAGACGGCGACACAUCGACCAACGACACCCUAGCCAUCCUCGCCAACGGUGCCGCAGGCGGUCAACCUGUUGUCUCAACGACUACGCCCGACUUCCAAGCCUUCCAGGAAACACUCACAGAAUUUGCAAUCGACUUGGCCAAACUCGUUGUCCGCGACGGUGAAGGCGCAACAAAAUUCGUCACCAUCCGCGUCACCAACGCCGCAUCCUACAAAGACGCACACCGUGUCGCAUCAACCAUUGCGCGUUCUCCACUCGUAAAGACUGCACUGUACGGCAAAGACGCAAAUUGGGGCCGUAUCCUGUGCGCCACUGGCUACGCCGAGGGCGUCGACUCAGUCAUUCCAGAGGAGACGAGUGUCAGCUUUAUCCCCACGGACGGAAGCGAGGAGUUGAAGUUGUUGGUUCGGGGAGAGCCUGAGCAGGUCGAUGAAGAGCGCGCGGCCAAAAUCUUGGAGGCGGAGGACCUGGAGAUCAAUGUGAGGCUGAGUGAGAAUAAGGGGUAUGAGGAGGAGGCAGUGUUUUGGACGUGUGACUUCUCACACGAGUAUGUUACUAUCAAUGGGGAUUACAGGACAUGAGAGUGGAAAGUGUUCAACAUAGGACGCGAAGGAUUCCUGUGAAAUAAGUUACAAACUUUGGGAAUUUUUACAAUGCACAUUACCUUUGAAUCCCAUGCAGAGAGGUUUAUGCAUUUCUGUCUGUUUACACUCAGACUCAUCCUGCGAACAUGGACAAUGGGGUUACAACAUUAGAACUGACAGUACUUGACACCAACUGACCCCAUACCGACUUAUAUUCCAACUGACCCACCACCACCACGAUAUAACCCACUCCAGCCGCAAGAACAGACACAUACGACCACAGGCAAAGGAACACUCUGGAUCCCGUCCGCUCUCCACACGAUAAGCCUUUAACCGGCGGAUUAGUAGUCAGGUGGGUGACCACUGGCGAA